AUAACCCAGCAGUCGUAUUCGGGUUUUGUUGGGGAAAAGGCUACAUGAUGGCCCCCUUGUUAAUGUAGCUUGUAAAUAGGAAGACCAUACUGAUACAAAAAUGUGUUCUGCUUGAACCUUGGAGACCAAGUUUAAAUCUGUGUGUUUUUAUUAUGAAAACUGAAUUAUUUAUGUUGCUUGUUAGAGUUUGCAUUUUGCUUGUGUUUGCUUGUUAGGGUCAGACUAUUUAUGUAUUAUAAAGGCCAACAAGUUUAACAAAGAAGAAGAAGUGGGAAGAGAGUGGUGACCAACUUAGUUAAAGGGAAGACCCAGGUCCCAGCUGGACUAUAAAUGUCAAGCAUGGUUCUAUUCUGCAACCUCAGUUCCAUUGUUUCAAAAGUGUUACGCAGGUGUUGAGUUUUUUCGUUUUUUUUCAUAUUUCCAUUAGCCUUUCCCUCUAUUCUUGGUCUGCUUCCUUUCUGACUGAAGAACAGGCAGCUGGCCCUGAGAGGAUUUCCUUAUUUGUACGGAGCCAUCAAGAACCUGCAAGGUGUGAUGCACAGCAGCAGUAGCCAAGGAUCCUCACACUGAUCUAUUUCAGUAUUCUGAGGUCGGGGUUAGAAACGAAACGACCCCGUUGAGUUGUUACUUGGCAGCACACCUGCUUCCAAUAGACACACCUGGACCACAACACAGAGCUGCCAAAAUACUUUUCCCACGCGUGAACUUCCACCGGACUUGACCCUUAUCUGCCCUGUCCUGUUGCCAACCCCUCACCUUACCUUUGACCCCACCAGAGGACUGGGAAGGCUACCUGAGAGGACUGCUGAUAAACACAGCUAGGCUGAAGCACUAGCACUUUUUUUUAAACUAACAGGAACUGACACCGCUAGUCAAACCGCUAGUUCUCCCAUGAAGAAGCUGUAUAGAUGAAGAAGAGCAUGAGACGUGGAGCAUGGAGAAAUGUAUAGACGGCGCUAGACGACUUAUCCCGGGGACCCAAUGAGUCGCUCUGGUUUCUCCAGCAGCUCCAGCCUGCUCCAGGGACGGCGCUUCUACUGCCGGGAAUGGGCCCUGGACAAGCUGAGGCACUGUCUGGAGGCGCGCUCUGUGCCAGGGCGGCCGCCGGGGCUCCUGCUGACCGGGGGCCCCGGUGCUGGGAAGACGGCCCUAUGCACUGAGUUGGUGUACCCCACCUCGGAUGCAGGGAUCAGGGUCGGGCUGGCGGCACGCUGCCUGGCUUCCCACUUCUGCCGGAGGGAGGAACAGCGUAGCGUCGUGUUGUGGAGGUUUGUUCUGGGACUGGUGGAACAGUUGAGGGCCUCGCCUCUCCUUCCUCCUCGCUACGCUGAGUUGCUGGACACCCCCUUCGUGUCCUCUGCUCUGGAGCCCCUCCAAUGCCAGAAGGACCCCGAUGACACAUUCAAAAGGGCAGUGUUGUCUCCCCUGCUGGACAUUCCUCCUCCUACGCACACUUUAAUGGUGGUGGUGGACUCGCUGGACUCAGAGCUUGGCUACGGGACAGGCGACGGUGGAGCAGGGGCUGUAGGGGCACCCCCAGGGAAGAGCAGUACCAUUGCAGAGCUCCUUGCCAGCCACCAGCACCUGCUGCCCAGCUGGCUGUUGAUCGUGGUCUCUGUCCGACGCCAUGACAAAGCCGCGUGCAAGAUGUUCUCAGCUUUUCGUAAGCUGUGCUUGGAUGACCUGCGGAAGCCCUCUCCAGUACGUGAUGUGCAGCAGUACAUUCUCCACCGGCUGGACAAGGAGGGUCCACUGCGCCGGCAGCUGACCCCCGAGACGGCCGACAUGCUCAACCUGCUGCACAUCAAGAGCAGCGGCUGCUUCCUGUUCCUGGAGCGCGUGCUGGACGGCGUGGCGGCCUCUCUGAUUGGUCUACGAGAGAUCCGUGACAUCCCUGGGACACUCAAUGGCCUCUACCUGUGGCUGUGCCAGAGACUCUUCCCCAAGGGGCUGUUUCUCCAGGUCAGGCCCCUCCUCAAUGCCCUAUUGGCCGCCCCCAGGCCCCUCAGCAUUCAGCAGCUCUUCACCGCAGUCUGGACCCAGGACACCACCCUCAACUUCCCGGACUUCCAGAGCCUCCUUCAGACCCUCUCUCCGAUCCUUAUUGAUGGCCCCUUCGGGAACAAGCUGCUCUUCCAUGCCAGUUUUGCUGAGUGGCUAAUGGAUGUCAAAUACUGUACACAGAAGUACCUGUGUAGUGUAGAAGAGGGACACUGCAUGCUUGCUAUGACCCUCACAUUAUGGGGCCCACACCUGAACACAGAGGAAACCUGCCAGCUAGGGACCCAUCUGGUUUGCUCAGGUAUGCACAAGGACAACCCUUCCCUGUUGGCAUUGUGGAUUCUCUUGGCAGACAUACCUCCUCUCACUCCCUGCUUUAGCCCUAAGCUACCCUGCCACGCUCCUUGGGACUGUAGCUCCUCCUCAACUGAACCGCCUGUUCUAGUUAGUCAGGAAGUACUUCAGCUCUUAAUGAGAAGUGGCAUUUUUCCUCCAACCUGCUCUACAGAUUUAGGUCCAAAUGUAGGAGUGCAUUGUCUAGAGGGUUCUGGGACUGUUGUGCGACAGGCAUUAGAAAGGCAGGACUCUGUGAGGAUACUGUUAGACAGUGGGGUGUUUGUCAACCGAGUCAACUCAAUCGAUGGACAGACUAUGCUGGCCAGUGCAGCCCUAGUGGGCUCAGUUGACGUAGCCAACCUCCUCCUGACACGAGGAGCUGACCCCUUAAUUGGGGAUUAUCAGGGUCAAACGCCACUCACGUUGGCAUCCAGGCAGGGUCACAUCGGAAUAUUGGCAGAACUCCUUAACUGGGCUAAACUGCAAGAGCCAAAGACCGUAGUAAGGAUGUUAGAGCACGCAGACAGUGAGGGAUGGACAGCGUUGCGUUCUGCGGCAUGGGGAGGACACAGUGAGGUUGUACGUCAACUGUUGGAUGCAGGGGCAGAUGUUGAUGGUUGUGAUAGUGAGGGACGGACUGCACUAAGAGCUGCUGCCUGGGGGGGGCAUGAGGAGAUCCUUCUUACCUUGCUUGACUAUGGGGCCAAGGUGGACAAGGCCGACCGUGAGGGUCGCACCCCACUUAUUGCUGCUGCCUACAUGGGACACAGAGAGGCUGUAGAGAUCUUGCUGGACCACAAUGCAGAUGUCAACCUUGCUGAUGGAGACAGGCGCACCGCCCUGUCAGUGGCUGCCCUUUGUGUCCCUACUGCAGCUGGGGUCAAUGGUUAUGGGGAGGUAGCUAGUCUGUUACUGGAGCGGGGGGCAGAUCAAGGACAUCGCGACCAUGAUGGAAUGACCCCCCUGCUUCUUGCAGCCUAUGAGGGCCAUGAGGACAUAGUUGAGUUGCUCCUAGAAGCUGGGGCUGAUGUAGAUGAGAGUGCAGGCCCUGACGCCAAUGCCCCGGCUGCAGCUGCGGUAACCCCGCUGCUGGCCGCUGCGGCCAUGGGUCACAUUAAGACAGUGGAGCGGGUGCUUUUCUGGGGUGCGGCUGUGGAUUCCAUCGAUGGGGAAGGAAGGACAGCACUAAGUCUUGCCGCAGCCAGGGGAAGUGUGGAGGUUGUCCGUGCAUUACUAGACCGAGGCUUGGAUGAGAACCAUAAAGACGACUUGGGCUGGACACCGCUGCACGCGGCAGCCUGUGAGGGCCAUCGUACCGUGUGUGCUGCCUUGACGGAGCGUGGCAGCAUGGCGCGGGUUGGGGAAAUGGAUAUUGAAGGACGAACUCCCCUUAUUUUGGCAGCCCAGGAGGGUCACUGCAGCACUUCCAGGAUCUUGUUGGAUAGGCGAUCGCCAAUAGAUCAUCGGGCCUAUGAUGGACACUCUGCCCUGAGUGCGGCUCUCCUGGAGGGCCAUGGUGAGGUGGCAGAGCUGCUUAUGAGACGGGGGACUGACACUGAUGUCCGGGAUGCAGAGGGAAGGCCUCUACUCUACCUCCUGGUUCUUGAGGGUCACUUUGACGUGGCUUCGCUCCUUAUAGAUAAAGGAGGCGUGCCCCUUGAGUCCCGGGAUGCAGAGGGCCGCACAGCUCUUCAUGUGGCCUCUUGGCUGGGAAAUGUGGAGGCAGUAGGGCUGCUUCUGCAGCAUGGAGCUGACCCCAAUGCACAGGAUGCCGAAGGCAGGCCGCCUCUGCAUUCUGUAGCUUGGAGAGGACAUGUGGAAGUGGGUCGGCUUCUCCUUGGCGCAAAGGGGAUCAAGGUUGACUUGGCUUGCAACCAACAAGGGGCAACCGCUUUGAGCAUUGCUGCACAGGAGGAACACACAAACAUUGUCAGCAUGCUGCUGGAGAGGGGUGCUCACCCUGAUCACAUGGACAAAUACGGUCGCAGCCCUGUAAAAGUUGCUGGAAAAAGAGGACACUUGCCCAUCGUACGUCUGUUAGAGAGCUAUGGAGCUAAGCCAUAUCCAGGCCUGCUUCACCACUCCAAUGCAAUGUCCCCUAAAAGAGGGACUGUCAAGAGUCCCUUAAACAGCUCCAACAGCAAUAGAGCUGAAGUUGGCACAAUAGGAGCAGCUCUGUCAGGAGCAUCAGCUGCUGCCUCCACCUCUUCAAUGUCAUCCCCAGGCUCCACUGGCGAGCGAUUCCAUUCGAUGCAGAGCUCCCAAACCUCUUCCACAUGCCACUCCCUGGCUACAGUGCAGACAGUGCCGGCUGAUAGCUUGAGUUUCACUCAGCAGAUUCAACAGCAUUCGCUCCCAAGAAGUCGUAGCCGGCCCUCAACGCUGCCCCCUCCGGAGAACUCUGUCAGCGGCAGUCUCCACGGGAGUAGGCGGAGACCGCCGAAGGGCAGCCCUCCUCCCGGUGGUUGCACCGUCGAAGCCAUGGUCCACACAUGUGAACCCCCACAAAAAUGCUUCUCCUCUGGGUUUGAUUAUCCCAGCAAACUAAAGUCCCCAGACUCAAACCUGUUUCAAGCAGACAGAGCACAGUAUGGAGGGGGGAAAUGGAACUCGGUCAUGGUUUCCCUCGGGGUAAUGCCCGGACAAGAUUGCCCUCCAAGAGUGGCCAAAAACCGUGGGAGUCCACCUUUAGGAUACCCCUACCAAAUUCACAGCCCGGCUCAGGGAGAGACUUGGAAUUCUGGCCUUCAGAAGAAUAUUAUUUCCCCACCUUGCUAUAAUUAUACCCCAGUUUCCCCUGCUAGUGCCUUACCAGAGGACUCCACAGCACAUUUGUCAACCAAUGACCCACACCUCAAUUUAAAACAGGCCAUCAAACUGCAAUUUGAGGGUCCUACCAGUGCAGCCCUAUACAAAAGGGAGACACCACUAUGACCACACUACUAGGUGAUUUGACAUUUAGCCAUCAAUAUUUUUGUUUUGUUUUGUUUUAUAUUCAUUUUUUUAUGAACCUUGUACUGUAUGUAAAAUGUAUAGAACAUUAAUGCCACAUUUCACUUAAAUUAUGAACUCUAAAUACCAGAAGAACCAUUGGCCUGCAGGUUGAGCUCCAGAUGACUGCAUUCCUCUGUAGGCAUACAUUUAGAGGCAUUCCUGGCAUGGGAAUAACGGCAUUCUUUGUUUUAGUUGGAGAUUGAUGUUUUCACAGUUCAAGGGGCCAUUAGCAGGGUGGCUAAUGGCCUUUCGGGAUAGAUGAAAGAGGAAUGGAUUUGGCAGAGCCCGCCUCGCUGUCUUGCUUCCUGAGGAGUUCUUCCUGGGGACAAGAAGGCAAAAAAAGCUGAAAGCUGCUGGCUCACAAGCCUUUCUAAUUUUCGAUGAUUUGAUGAUUGUGUUUGUUUGUUGAUUAGUGUCUUUUUGGUCGUUUGUUAAACAGCUCGUCCACUAGCAUAGAUGGAAAAGGUGCAUUCUACCUCUCAAUCUUUUUCUGCUCUUGGACACUCUCCCAUAUUUUUUUAACAACCCAUUUCAUUUAAUCCUGAAAUGUGCACAUUUUAAUAAAGGACAUGGUCAUUAACGCAUGGAACCGGCAAUACAUUCAGCAGAAAGUAACAUAAAUAUGUCUUGCCUUUUUGUUUAUAAAUACCCUCCACCAUUGACCUCAGCUGACUGGCCUGCAUGGCUGCCAAUAACAGGCACUCCUUUGUUUCUAGGAGAGGGCCCCUAUUAGGCCAUCGUAGUGGUCGUCUGUAGGGAAGACUUAACAAUACAUCUACAUUCUUAUAGCCCCAAUAAUUAGUUUAAUUCCAAACGUAUACGUAAAUGUAAUAAGACAUACAAUGAAUAACCAAAUAAUAGGUUUCCUCAAAUAAUUUCGCACAAAAUAAGCCACUCAAUCUCACUUUUAUUAAGUAUGUAUAUAUAUUUUUUUAAUGGAUUAUAAAUCAGUAAUUCUGCUGCAGGGCUUCAUUGCAUUAAUGGUCUUUGAAAAAUACCUUUUUAUUUUCACUCAUGUCAAAACAGCAGCUGGCUUGUUGUCCUUUUCUGCAAGUGUCUGUCACUGUCAACAACAUAGCAUGCAGGCUGCCAACCCACCGUGCCUUAUGACACAAACUGUUGAGGACAGCCAGACGGAAGGCACCAACUCGGCUCGCUCCAAGUGUGACCGUAUCUGGCAGGAAGCAUAAUGAUCACGAUCAUCAGAUUCCAUGAGCCAUAACCGCUCAAGAUCGAUGUGGGGGGAGCGAGUGCUAUGGACGAUUCACAGCUCACUGAAGUACUUUCAUGGUAUGCUUUCUGAGCAUUUUUAAUCCGGUGAAUAUUUAAUUACCGUCUUGAAUUAAAUUGGCAAGCUGUGUCGUAAUGAGUCACAAACUCUGGAGGUGUCGUGUCUACUCAUUUUGUGUGUGUGUGUGUGUGUGUGUGUGUGUGUGUUUGUGUGUGAGACACAACAGCACCUUUGAAAUAGCUGUGAGGCAGGAUGCUGUGUUUGAUCACACAGGGAGAGAUGAAAGAGCACUUGAGCCUCUACCAGACAGCAGCCGCCUCACCCCAGCCGGGUGCUCAGUCUCUCGGCCAUCGCGACACGGAGCAACAUGUCUCGAGACUCUUUUAUUCACUCAGGCGUAACACACAAUGCGAAAAUCCAGCUUUCAAAAUCUGUACCCAUGUGGUUUGAUUCCGUGUUUGUUGUGCUACUUAAACAUGUGAGUGUACAUAGGGGUACAUGGGGUGAUGGAAUACAUCGUCAUAUUAAUCUAUGUCACAACCUUAUUAGCGUUUCAGAUUAACUAUAAAGUGUGUAGGCCUAUGCUUGCGUGGAUUCUC